ACCGGAUCGUCAAAAGCUCACAAAUUGCAUGAGAAUGUAUUGGUGACACGUGCAGAAUAUUCAUCACAUUUUAGGUUCGAUAUGGUAUUGAACUACUUUCUCUUGAUUACGGAAGCAAGGACUGUGUUGUGUUGCGGACAGAACCAGGAAAUAUGAAGCAUUUUCUACUGGAGACGUACAGGACAACUGGUGAUGGAGAAGCAGUAUGUUUUUGAAACCUCUUACGGACGACGAUCAACGGGGAAUUACCUUCGAACUCUCAUUUUUCUCAUUGAAGAUAAUCACCUGUCUGGUCGACCUUAGUGAAGCAACGAUCGAGCAGUGGUAGAUUCCAAUGGACGUUCUUGGCUUCUAUAGAGAUGCACCCGUUGAUAUUCAGGAACGUUUGAUCCAAGCGAUGACAUGUGAGGUUUUUGGCUGGUGGGUCUAUGAGAGCAAAACCCGGACCAUCAUCGUCAAGAAUUUACACAGUCUCUACAAUGCGGUUGACUGUGAAGAACAGUGCAAUCUGAUUCUGCUCUCCGUUUUGAGUGGGAUACCUCGAAAGAUUGUUGUAGAAACAAGCUACACCGAGAGCUUCUCACACUACCAGCGGAUACUCAGUUACGAGAAGGAGAUUGACGUCGAGACAAAGAUCUGGUUCUGUAAGAAGAUGCUUCACAGGAUUCCCGUCGAGUUUGUGUACAAUCCUCACGACGGCAGUCAAAUCAUGGACUCACAGGAGGAACAAAACUAUACUCUGCAUGAUGAGGGAAGUUCUCAGAAUUCAUAAACAUCGUAUGUGAUCAGACCACGGUGAGUACACCGAAUUCAAUCAUCAUCAGGCAAAGAGAUGUGCUCAUUUUUAGCUACCAAUAAAUCCAGUGUGGCCAACGUAGACGUUGACUCUAACUGGCAAACUCGAAGAAAUACAACUCUUAACUCCUCGUCAGAAAAGUCUUGAAACUGUUUCUGUCUUGAACUGUAUUGCUCUCCAAUACUUUCUUCCUUUCCAGCUUAAGACUUGGAGUCGUGUUAUUACGAAUUAUGUUCUUAAACAGGAUGUGCAUCAGAUGGCAAAUAAAAGCAACUCCGGUGGCUAAAUUUAUGCUUUUUCCUAUACUCUUCUUAUUCGAAUCGUUACUCUCCAACGUGUGUACGUAUUCUUAACCCUUCAUGCAAUAAAACC